AUGCCCCCAUUUCUGGGCCUUCGGGGCAAUCGCCUCAAUGUGGCAGCUCUGUUGGGGGUGAUGAUGCCUUCCAUUGUCUCAUUUGGCUAUAACCAGUCAUUACUGGGCGGCGUCUUAACCUUGAACAGUUUCGAGCAGCAAUUCCGUGAGAUUGAUGUGGACGAUGCAACGCUUAAUGAAAAGGCCCAAAAGUCAACUGUUCAGGGUACAAUCGUUGCAUUGUACGCUGUCGGGGGCUUAUUUGGUGCUCUCUCGUGUAUUGGUCUGGGCGACCUACUAGGCCGUCGGCGGGUCAUUCUAGUGGCAGCUUUGACGCAAAUGGUCGGAGCUAUUCUGAUGACGAGUGCUUUUGACUUCGUUCACCUCAUCAUCGCUCGUUUGAUCCUUGGACUUGGCUGUGGUGGGUUGGUCGCAACUGUACCCAUUUGGCAGUCCGAGAUAUCAUCGGCACAUAAACGGGGUGCACAUGUGGCGACGACCGGAAUUUUUGCUGGAGGUGGUACAUCGCUUAGCCUCUUUCUGGACCUGGGGAUGUCUUUUGCUCCUGGGAGUGUGAGCUGGCGCUUCCCCUUCGCUUUCCAGGUACUGUUUUCAAUCGCUAUAAUUGGAGCCAUCUCGUUCAUGCCAGAGUCACCUCGCUGGCUGAUACAAAAGAAUCGGACUAUCGAGGCUCGCGAAAUCCUUGCGGCUUUGGAAGAUGUCAAGCCCAAUGACUCCAAGAUAGACGUUGAGAUUCAGGCCAUACAGUUAUCGCUCAAGCUUUCUGGUGAAGGGUCUCUGGGUCAAAUCUUUCAAAUGGGGCCCCAGCGAGCUUUCCAUCGAGCGAUGCUUGCCGCGUCUGUGAUGUUAUUCUUGCAACUAACUGGUAUCAAUGUCAUCACGUUUUUCACAAAUACAAUAUUCGAACAGUACCUUCGACUAGACUCUGUAACAUGCAGAGUUCUAGCCGCCUCUUAUCAGCUCGUCAGUCUCGUUGGAGGCACAGUUUGCAUAUUCACCGUGGAAGCCUUUGGUCGACGAGGCUUAAUGCUAGUCGGUGCCGCAGGCAACGCGAUCUGCUUGGCUCUUGUAGCUGGGCUGGGAUCCCAGCCGACAAACAAGGUUGCGAUGCACGUUGCAGUUGUUUUCAUCUUCUUGUAUCAUUUCACUUUCAUCAUCGGUUUCGGAGGAGUGUCAUUUUUGUAUGUUGGAGAGAUUGCGCCUUUGAAGAUGCGUGCCACUAUCAACGGUAUUAGCGUCGGGACAUUCUGGGCCUUGAAUGUCUUGAUCGCUGAAAUCACGCCAAUUGCAUUCAACGCUAUAUCAUGGCGCCUUUUCAUCAUUUUUGCCGGCUUGAAUGCCAUCAUGGUGAUUCUUGUGUAUUUCCUGAUUCCCGAAACCGCCGGUCGCAGUCUCGAAGAGGUAGACCAGAUUUUCGUCUCCUCGAAUAGUAUUUGGGACUCGGUCUGGGUUGCUAAGCGCCUCCCACGCUCGGCGUCGGAAGAUUUGCAGAAGGAAGAAGAGUGUCACUCUAAGGUUUGCCCGUGA